CACAGGCCUGGAUCGCCGCCGUCGACGAUGGACAGGGCAACACACAGGCUGACCCCAUGUCAAGUGGCCAGGAGCUUUUCAUGAGCAUCGGCGUGUCUCUCACACGGACACCCGACAUCAGCUUCGAGGAACAACGAAUCCAGGACUAUCUCCAAGCCUAUAUCGCAACAAACCGUCCACCCGCACCAUGUCCACAGGUUCCCGCUGCAUCCACCGCCCGUUCAGCCAUGGGCCUCCCACCUCUGUUCGUGCCUGUGGCUGUCCCCACUACAUACGACACCAGUGCCACACGUCUCCCUGCCGAUCUUCCAGCUAUGCACGCGUUCGAGCCCUUCAAAUCUGUAGACGAAAGCUUCCAAUGCAUAUCUGCACAACCCCUCUAUAGUCACUUUUCGCACGAGGAGCUACGAUGUAACGCCUACGCCGCGGGCAACAAGGUCGCCCCUCCUUCAACUCUAGCUGCUUCUUCUACACGGACGUCAGGUUUCUAUGCAAAUGAUUCGCCAGCGACGGCAUAUUUGACGACCACUAUCAACCCCGGCUCGCCCGAGUUUUUCAUGAGCAUAACUGCUGCACCAGCAUGUGAGAAGCGGUCUUUUGAGGAACUUCGAAUAGAAUAUCUCUCGAGUCCGAGAGCGCAACCUCCAAGCACCAAAAUCCACGAUCCGUUACUUGGACGUCCUCGCGGAGACGCAUUUUCUGUCACGCAACCAAGCGCAUUGCGCAUGUUUUGAGUCAGCCCACCAGCAGUAUACCCCCAGUUCGUUGGCGUCCUAGUUUAUGUACUACUGUUGUAGAGUGUAAUAUGUAUCA